CGCGUUUAAACGCUCAAAAGGGAACCGCGAUUGUGAGUCAGUAACGCUCAUUAAAAAAACGCAAGAAACGCGUUUUUUGCGCAAAAUUUUCACUUUCAGACCGUGAAAACGGCGAAAACUCCAGUUUAUGAGCGUUAAAACUCAUUGUUUCUAAAUUCUGGAAUAAAAGCGCGUUUUAACGUUCAACAACGGGAGUUUUCGCCGUUUUUACGGUCUGAAAGUGAAAAUUUUGCGCAAAAAACGCGUUUCUUGAGUUUUUUUAAUGAGCGUUACUGACUCACAAUCGCGGUUCCCUUUUGAGCUUUUAAACGCGUUUUCCCAAAUGUUUGUCUGCUUGGGUGAUGACUUAAUGACCUGGUUUCCAAAGGGCUAAGGAACAGUCUCAUUAUCAUAUUCAAAACCAGCAACAUGGAUUACAUAUGUGUUCCAUGUCUUUUACACAAAAAGCUAUUGUAUCCUUGGGACCUUCCCUCGUUAGUCAAAAUAUUAGUUUAAACCCGGAAAAUCCGUAGUGUAAUAAAAAAUAAAUUCACGAAAAAAUUGAGACUCGGCAGGAGCUUAUUGUGGCCUAUACUACUUGGAAAAGUUUAUUAAAAAUAGAAAGUGCUAUUAAUAGCGAGACUCUCAUGGCUUUUGAUUAAAACAUGUUCGAUGUUACCGGACAUAUUUUGACGAGAAAGAAUGACAACUUUACAUUCUUCAAAAGUUUGUAUGAAGUGGUUUUGUGACGAUUUUGUAAACUUACUUUUCAAGGUUUUUAGAGACGACUCAAAACCUUCGACGCUUAUAAUUCUAGAAGUAGAUACUAUGAGCUAUCAUCAUACCUGUAUCGCAAUACUGAACUUUUUGAUAAAAUUUGCCAUUUCUAACCGAAGCAAGACUCCAACUCAGGAGUUCGAUUAACCGCGCUGAAUAUAGCUGCUGGGUCACGACAGUUUAACUGAUGGGCUUGUCACAGUUUCCCGAAGGUGUUGAAUUCAAGUAUCCGUUAGAGUAUAUCAUUUUCUCACAGUCUGAACUAUGCUUAACCAUUUUCAUAAUCCAUUUUGAGAACUAUACAUUAAACUGUCAUUUAUGAACAUUACGUAUAUAUAGUCUUUAUUAUACAAUACCUCGAGACUUACAAAUGUGCUUAAUAUGAUUUAAUAUAGUUUAAAUUUAUUACAUAGGUAGUUGAUUUUCGAAAUAAAAACUUUAUAUAUCGGGUGAAAAGUGUGUAACUGAUAUAAAUUAUUUUUUCAACUUGAUAUCCAAUUAUUGUAAAAUUUUGUUUGACUAAACCUUUUUUGUAUAUAUGUUAACUGUGUAAAAUUUAGUUGAGUAGUGUAAGAAUGAAUAACAAGUUAACAGUUAAAUAAUCCAUUCAAUAUUGCAAUUUCAACGGCUAAAUAAAUAUCAUCUGAAAUUAUUUCUCAUGAUUUAUUCAUGUAUAUUGUCACUCAGUUAAACAAAAUCAAAUGUAAAAGACUGACUGAGGAUAGAUGAAGUAGAAGAAGAAAAUGCUUUUGGCAAGGUCUAAGUUGAAGUUAUAGACACAAAUAUUUCGUUUUUUCUUUGAUGAAAUAUUACGAGCAAUAUGCGACCUUCAAAUUAAAAUGUAAAAUAUAGAACAACCGACAGUGCUAUGUUCGCUUUAUACUUGUUUAGUACUUUUUAUAGAAGACACUUCAUCACAUAUAUUCUAGACUUUCAUUACAUGCGACCAAGUGGUUAUUGAUAUAUGAAUGAAUUAAUUUUGACAUUCAAUUGAUCUUUCUAUAUAAUACAUCUAUUUGUAAAAAAAGCUUUCUUUUCGCUUAGCAGCAUUGAUCAUAAGAUAUGCUUCUAACAUAGAAAUAUUGAUAAAUUUUGCUUGGUUAAAACAGACAUGAUCCCAAAUGGUUCAAAAUGGCUGAAAAUAAUUAGUUCAAAUUUACUAUUAAUGAUUAAUAGUAAAUUUGAACUAAUUAAUUGUGGCUCGCAGAUAACUUAUGAAGGGGUAGUCAUCUAAUAUUGGCACAACUACUAAAAUGAAACGCAAAACUAUAAGUUUUGCGACCAGAAAAGAAAAUCGGAAUGUCAUCGUCAUCAAAAAGGAUUUAUCUAACUGCUGAAUAUAAAAUAAGAAACUAUGAUUUAUCAAACGUUAAUCACUAAUAUUGCCAGUCUAAUAUUUCAGAAACUAAAAGAGACCUUUUUCUGGAAAACAUAUGAAUAUAUAGUACAACUCAUGUACUUCAAAUUGACAGGUAGAGCACACGGGCUCCAAUAAUAAUUAAUUCUCUUUCAAACCUACAGAAAUCGUAACAAAAAAAUAUUAAUAAGAACAAUAACCUAAAGAAGUUGAUUUCAUAUGUUUGCAUAAAUUCUCGUUUCAAAGUACACAUUGAUGAAGACGAUGGUCUAUUUGUUGAUCUCAUUUUCAAAGUCUUAGGGCUGUCAUCUUACAUUCAUAUUUCUUCGUCAUCAAAUAAUGUAAUUUUAUAUGAAAAUUUAUGCAAGCGUGCUCUAGAUCAAGUUCUUUAGAUUAUUGUUCUUAUUAAUAUUUUUCUGUUACGGUUUCUGUACAAGUUUAGAAAGAGAAUAAAUUUAUUAUUGGGGUCUGUGUACUUUACCUGCCGAAUGUUUCUAUUUAACAUUACAAUGCUUCGAGAGAUCAUCAAUAAAAAACAUUUUGUUGAAUAAACAUAUAAUGAGUCAGUUUAUACAAGGCUUUCAAUUGCUUUCAAUACUAACUGCAAUGAACAACAACGAUGCAUAUAACAAACUUGCAUAAACCAUUUAUUUGUUCUGUCUCUAACAGACACACUUUUCAGUUUAUUAUAUCACGUUUUGAGAAAAUUAGGGAAAACACCGUUAUAUUCUCUAUGCAUUUUAGUAGUUCUAUAAAAGAAGUUUUAUAAAACUACUAAAGCCGAACAAGAAUUAGGCCUGUAGCAACAAAUGUAAAUGUUAAAACUUUGGUCGACAAAGACACAUUUUACAUUUAAAAUGUUUCUUUUAUCAGCUGCGCCAGAACAGAAGUGCGCAUCUUGUCGUAUGUUAGAUAAAGAAGAUGCGUUAUACGCUAAAACUCUAUUUAUACACAUUAGGGAAAGAAAAAAAGCAGAAGGACGGCGUGCGUGCUUUAUGUAUCGCAUUUUAUCCGUCAAACUUGCACGUGAUGCUAAAACAGCUUAUGCUGUUCACGAUAUUUCAGCACGAUUAAAAACACUAACGCCAUCACUACCUACCAACAUCCAAGAAACGCAUGAAUUACUCUUACAACAGGUCACCGGUGAUUCACUAGAUGCCGAUGAAGAAGAUCCAAAGGCCAUACAACACGUAUCUGUCGAUACACUAGACUAUGAAAAUAUUGAUUCACAAUACCAUAAGCAAAAAUUUCGAGAUCAAGCUGGACACACUGUUCCAACCAAAAAGCAUAAAGGGAUGGACACAAUAGAGGACCCCCUACGAUAG